AUGUUCGCCGACAUCCGAAUCCUUCAGCGAGAACCUGAUAGCCAUGUGGCAUUCGAACUGCUAUUUAGGGCGGCAGAGGCCGUCCAAGAGCUGAUGCAACGAAGAAAGUGGGUAGUCGGUGUGCUGCGCGAGUUCCUGCCGCGAGGCUCGCAACUGCUCGGGCUCAAUAUCAACGGUGGGCGCGUGAUCUGUAUCCGGUUGCGUAAGCACCGUUCAGGCGGGUGUCGGCGUCAGUCUCGGGCGGCGAGAACUGAUCACCAGCGCGAGGAGCGCUCUCUAACUGGAGCUCCACAACGAGUGCGAGGCCUUUCAGACAUACCGGGUACGUCGGCAUCGAAUUUCUUCGCAUAUGAGGAAAUCCUGGGCACGUUACUCCAUGAACUUGUACAUAUUGAAAUCAGUGCCCAUAAUCGGGCGUUUUAUGCGUUAUUGGAGACGCUUUGGGAGGAGGUUCGCUGGAGCGCUCGCUCCGGACUAUACGGUCCUGUUCAUCGUUUAUCACCGCGCGGCUGUGGUGAUGGAUCAUGCGGUUCACGACCCGUCCUUGCUUCUGCACCAGCGACACCGGGAACGAUUGCUCUCUUGGAUUGUCAUCCAGAACAGCGGCGGAAUCUUCUUUUGAAGGCAGUGCUGCGUCGCCUUGAACAACAAAGACCGGAUCCUCAUGACGCAACACGGUAUUCGGACGAAUCGCAGGGGGCGUUGGCGCUCGUCAACUGGAAUCGACCACCAGUGAUCCAGGUAGCGGAGAACGAUCCAUCUGGUUUGGAGGAACGCGUUGUCGCGUUGGAAUCAGAAGAGCGUACCAGGUUUUCGGAGUCAGCGACUUGUUUGGAGCAGGGAGAUACCUGCCAAGUGAUCCAAGUGGUUGAUCUCACGGUUGAAGAUGCGGAUGACACGCUCGAAUGCAUCGAUCUUUGUGCAACGGAUGAUGAGGAAAAUGACGAAAGAACAGCACGAGCAGCAGCAGCAGCAGCAGAUGAUGAUGAUGAUGAUGAUGAUCAUGAUCGAGCGUAG